AUGUCUGUCGCAGCACUAUCCAAGUCGCUGCCGAAGCCGCAGUACUCUGGCGAAGAGGAGGAGCUCACCAACAGCACGCGCGUAUUGACCGCAGAGCAAUACGAAGCGCAAGUCGUAGCGAAGAAGGGUCCGCCGCCCUACGGCCAGAGGCAGCACUGGAGACCCCGCGCGCCUGAAGACUUUGGCGAUGGAGGCGCGUUCCCCGAAGUACUAGUCGCGCAAUACCCACUGGACAUGGGAAAGAAGGGCACACCAUCCACAUCGAAUGCUCUUGUAAGAAGGGUCGACGGCGAGGGCAAGACCAAAUACGAUGAGAUUGCGCGACGCGGACACGGCGAUUCAAGGAUUGUACAAGCAAGCUUCAAGGACCUUAUCCCCUUGCGCCAACAGGCAGACGCCGGCGAGCUGGACUUGUCGCGUCCCUCCGCCGACGUUGUCCAAGCGACCAAGGAGAAGACUGAGCAGGCAUUGAUGGCACUAGUUCAAGGGCAGACAGCCGCACAAAAGCCAAAGAACGUACAAGGACGAAAGAAUGACGAGCCCACGUUCGUUCGUUAUACGCCCACUGCGCAGCACGGCCAGGCGCAAGGCCAAACGCGCAUUAUCAAGAUCCAGCAAAGACAAAUCGACCCCAUGGAACCACCCAAAUUCAAGCACAAGCGAAUCCCCCGCGGACCGCCAUCGCCUCCUCCACCCGUCCUCCACUCGCCGCCUCGAAAGCUGACUGCCGAAGACCAAGAGCUAUGGAAGAUUCCACCCCCGAUCAGUAACUGGAAGAACCCCAAGGGUUAUACUGUACCACUAGACAAACGUCUGGCAGCCGAUGGUCGGGGUCUCCAAGAUAUCACGAUCAACGACAAGUUCGCUCAAUUUGGCGAAGCGUUGCAGGCUGCAGACAGGCAUGCACGAGAGGAGGUCAAACAGCGUGCUAUUAUGCAGCAAAAACUAGCAGAGAAGGCGAAACUAAAGGAGGAAGAGCGCCUACGGGACCUUGCGAAACAGGCACGAGCAGAGCGUGCCAACGCCUCCCGACGACGAUCACAAAGCGAUUCGGACACAGAUUCAGAGGAGGAGGCAGUGCGGAAGCGAAUGAAUGAUCGUAAAGAGCGGCGCGAGGACUUCCAGCGCGAACUUCGUCAGUCAAAGAUGGGUACUGAGCGCAAGAUCCAGAUGCUCGCCCGGGAGCAGAAUCGUGACAUCUCUGAGAAGGUUGCACUUGGUCUGGCAAAACCGACGCAGAGCGGAGAGUCGAUGUACGACUCGCGACUGUUCAACCAAUCCAGCGGAUUCAACGCUGGUUUCAACGAGGACAACCAUUACGACAAGCCUCUCUUUGCGGCUCAGGAUGCCAUUAGCAGCAUCUACCGCCCUAGUGUACAACAGGAUGACGGGGAGGAUGAAGGACAGACAUACGAUAGGAUCACAAAGACAAACAAGUUCGAAGUCCUCGGAAAGGCCAAGGAGGGUUUCAAGGGUGCCGAUCUGCAAGAAGCCCGGGACGGACCUGUGGAAUUUGAGAAGGAUACUGAUGACCCAUUCAACAUCAACCAGAUGAUUGAUGAGGUUCGUGGAGAAAAAGAUGAAAAGGGUGAAAAAGGUGAGAAGACAGGCGAGAAACGUUACGGCAUCCAAGAGCCUGAGGGCAGGUCAGCCAAGCGUGCCAGGGUCGACGAUGACAGCGACUGA